UUCCAAUUUUCAACUUCUAUUCCUUUCUUCUUUCCUUUUACGUACCAUCAUCACAUUUUUAUUUUAUACUUUUUUUUUUUUAAUCAAUAAAGCAAAGCAACACUUUUUUUUCUUCUUCUCUCUUUAAAUUCCCCAAUUUCUCAAGCCCUAGAUUCUCGAUUUGGGAUCCGAAUUUGUUCUUUCUUCUUCAAUGGACUCCGAAGAUGAUAUGCACGAUGCUCACGAUAUGGAGUCCCUUGAAGAUGACGAUUUCUACAGUGGUGAUACGGAAGAAGGUGCGAUGGAUUAUUAUAGUGAUUAUGAUGAUGAUGCUGGUGAUUACUUUGAUGAUGCUGAUAAGAUUGAGUCUCGUCGACCUGAGCAAAAUUUUACCAUAUUGAAGGAAUCUGAUAUCCGAGUAAGACAGGAAGAUGACAUUGAUAGAGUUGCAGCUGUUCUUUCUGUAUCAAGAGUUGCUGCAAGCAUACUACUUCGUCACCACAAUUGGAGUGUCAGUAAAGUGCAUGAUGCAUGGUUUGCAGAUGAAGAGCGAGUCAGAAAAGCGGUUGGCUUGUUGGAGAAGCCAGUUGUCCAGCAUCCUAAUACCAGCGAGCUUACAUGUGGCAUCUGUUUUGAAAACUAUCCUCGCUCUGGGAUUGGAAUGGCUUCUUGUGGUCAUCCAUACUGUUUCUCAUGCUGGGAAGGAUAUAUCAGUACAUCCAUCAACGAUGGUCCUGGAUGUUUGAUGUUGAGAUGUCCUGAACCCACUUGUGGGGCUGCUAUUGGUCAAGAUAUGAUUGAUUUAUUAGCAUGUAAUGAAGAUAAAGAAAAGUAUGCCCGUUACCUUCGUAGAUCUUAUAUCGAAGACAAUAAAAAGUCAAAGUGGUGUCCUGCCCCUGGUUGUGAAUAUGCGGUUACUUUUGAUGCUGGAGGUGGAAAUUAUGAUGUCUCUUGCCUCUGUUCGUAUAGCUUUUGUUGGAAUUGCACUGAGGAGGCUCAUCGUCCAGUGGACUGUGGAACUGUGGUAAAGUGGAUUAUGAAAAACAGUGCAGAGUCCGAAAACAUGAACUGGAUACUUGCUAACUCAAAACCAUGUCCCAAGUGCAAGCGACCAAUCGAAAAAAAUCAAGGAUGCAUGCACAUCACGUGCACUCCACCCUGUAAAUUUGAAUUUUGCUGGUUAUGCCUUGGUGCAUGGUCAGACCAUGGUGAAAGAACUGGUGGUUUUUAUGCUUGCAAUCGUUAUGAAGCAGCUAAGCAAGAGGGAGUGUAUGAUGAUACUGAAAGAAGAAGAGAAAUGGCGAAGAAUUCAUUGGAGAGAUACACCCAUUAUUAUGAGCGGUGGGCCAGCAACCAAUCUUCAAGGCAGAAAGCUCUUGCAGAUCUAGAACAGAUGCAGAAUGUUCAUAUUGAGAAGCUUAGUGACACGCAGUGCCAACCUGAGUCACAGCUUAAGUUCAUUACGGAGGCCUGGCUGCAGAUAGUUGAGUGUAGGAGAGUGCUGAAAUGGACGUAUGCAUAUGGUUACUAUUUACCUGAGCAUGAGGGUGCAAAAAAACAGUUCUUUGAGUAUUUGCAAGGUGAAGCAGAAUCUGGUCUAGAGAGACUUCAUCAAUGUGCUGAAAAAGAACUACAGCAAUUCCUCACUGCUGAAGGCCAAUCUAAAGAAUUCAACGACUUCCGUACAAAAUUAGCUGGACUAACUAGUGUGACUAAAAACUACUUUGAGAAUUUAGUGAGGGCUUUAGAGAAUGGUCUAUCCGAUGUAGAUGCUAAUGGGGCUUCCUUCAGCAAAGCAACAAGCUCAAAAAAUGCUGCAGGGAGCAGUAAGGGGAGAGCUGGGAGAGGAAAGGGAGCUUUGCGAACAAACAGAACUUCUGAUGAUACUCACUGGAGCUGUGAACAUUGUACCUCUGUGAAUGUCAAAUCUGCCACCACAUGCCAGAUUUGCAAUCAACGUCGAUGAAAAUGUGGGUUCUCCGUUAGAAACACUUGUUACGGUGCGUGGCCACUGCACCAAAGGCUGAGAUUGGGUUCUUCUCAUUAUAUGCUGGCUCCAAUAUGUGAAGACAAUGAAGGGAAUGACAUAAAAUUGCAUAAAAAUUACCCUCCUUGCACUCAGCUGAAUUUGUUGUUUAUUUUCUGUUACAGGCUGUUGUAACUGAAUGUUGUAACAUAAUAGAUGCUGGAGAUGAACACAAAUGUGCUUGUUGUGCCCUUGUUCUUUUUCUUUUUAUUUUUCUUUUUAUUUUAUAAGAAACCUAGAUAUAUUAGUGUAUAUAAAUAACCUUAUGGUUGGGUUACAUUUUUAAAAGUCAUGAUAAGGAACAAAAUGAAUUAUAUACCA